CUGUCCUCACCUUUAYGUUCUCCGCAGGAGUUUGCAGGACGUGUAGGAUGCUGAGAGUCUUUCCUCCUCGCCGCCGCUCUCCGCCCUGUGCUCCAUGACCUGAGAGCGCCGUCACAGCGGGAGGAACCAGCACCAGAACGACAGAGGAAGAGGAGGGCAGGAGGCCGAGGAAAGAGAGGGAGGAAGAGACUUUCUGUUUUGUUACAGUUUGUUUUGUCUCACGGCGAUGGCGGCGACUGAGGCCAGCGCGGCGCCGAUGGUCCAGGAGGACGGAAAACCUCCUGAAAACAAGCCGACGGAGGAGGAGGAGCCGGAGACAAUGUCCAACUCAGAGACUGUCCACAGCGAGGUGGAGAAAGAUGGCACGGCCGAUAACAAAGAGACUGUGAACAACGACACAGCUGCACCGCCGCCCAGCUCCGAGGAGGGAGGAGCUGCAGCAGCAGGUGGGGAGGCGGCACCUCCUCAGAGCUCAGAAAACGCCUCCRCCGCGGAGCCCAAGACCUCCUUCCUGGACUCCUUCCUCAACAAGAGUGGCCUGGGGAAGGUGAUGGGAGGGAGGAAGAAGAAGGAGCACAGUUCCGCCGCAGGAGGAGGAGAGGAGGGCGCCGCCGAAGGAGGCGAGAAGGAGGGAGAGAAGGCAGGCGAGGAAGCUGCGGCGGGUGAAGGAGGAGCAGAGGGAGGUGCAGAAGGGGAAGCAGCGACGGACAAAGCUGCGGAGAAUGGAGAGAAGGAGGACGAGAAGAAGGAGGAGGAGAAGAAGGAGGAGGAGAAGAAGGAGGAGGAGAAGAAGGGGAAACCAGCGGAAACAAAAUCUUCGGUUCGAGAUCUGAUCAGGAAGCCGGUGGCGAGGAUCUUCUCCCAUCGCAGCACCGAGAAGAAAGACGGCGCCGCCGCAGAGCCCGAGAAACAAGUCAAGGUCCGGUCCAAGUCCCUGGACCGUCUGGAAGAUCCCGAAGCACUUAACGCCGCCUCAGACACUACCGUGGAGGAGGGAGGAGCAGCGGCAGGAGCAGGAGGAGCAGAGGAAGAGCAGAAGGCCUCGUCCUCCUCAGCCACGAAGCACAUGAGGCGCUGGCACUCCUUCAAGAAACUCAUGGCCCAAAAGGCUCACAAGAAGAGCGGCGGAGCAGAGGACGGGAAGGAGGAUGAAGAAGGAGGCGGGGGAGACUCCUCCACGCUGGACUCCAAGGAGUCUGGACACAAGAGGUGGAAGCUGAAACGCUCCUGGACCUUCCAGGGCCUGAAGAGGGACCCGUCCGUGUCCGGCAUCAGCGGCAAGGCCAAGAACUCGGAGAAGGAGUCCGCCGAGAAAACGGAGGAGGCCGCGGGAGGAGGAGCAGAGGACGGGGAGGAGGCCAAGGCCGACGCAGGGGCGGAGGAGGCCAAGGCGGAGGGAGGGGAGGAGAAGGCGGAGGGAGGGGAGGAGGAGAAGGCCACGACGGCAGGAGGGGGGACGGUGACGCAUCACGCCAACGAGAUCUGGACCUCCUUCAAGAAACGGGUCAUCCCCAAAAGCAAACGAGCCAACACCGAGUGCGCCCCCACCGCCGAGGAGGA